CACCGUUCACGAGCACAGUAUGCAUAUGCUGGUGUCCAAUAUGAACGUCAACAGGCAUUGCUCUCUCUUCCGGUCCCUCAUGCCGUAGACCUCCUGAAGCCCCAGGCCCUGAUUUUAGUACUAGUAUUGAGCCAGCGGCGUUGAACCACCGUCUGCAGGUUGAACAUGUGGUAUGGGAGCUCGGACUGAAUGCUCCGCAGCAGGAGGAGGACCGUCAAGGCUGACACGAGUACAGCAAGUCUCUGCUCACAGUCGUCACCGUCUGUAAUCCGUAAACCGGGCUAUCAGGCAGCCCAUCUCUUUCUCCGUGAUUCAGCAUAUAGAAGCAGUCCUCAUGGCCUCUAGGAGUCACUUAUCGCUCGACAUUGGAACCCAGCUGGCUUUCCAGACGACGGAGGCCCUCGGAGAAAUGCGACGUGCGCUAACUGAUAUGCCGCAUGAAAUCCUACUGCAGUCGGAGCUAAUGAAGAAGAUCAACAAAUUGGUUGGGGAUAUCGUGGACACCAGACUGGACCCAGAGACCGUCUCGACGCUUUGCAAUGAGGUGAAAAGGCUUUCCGAGAAGCAUACAAAGCGCAUACAUAUACACGAGCGGAGCCUCUCGUUCAGGAGCGUCAAUCCGGUCUUCGUGGCUAAAGCAAGACAUAACGCAUCACAAAUGGAGACAAUCCUCACGCAGAUGCAGGCUACCGUUGCCACCUUCCGCCAAAACACCUUGCCGCCAUGGACCCCGGAUGCGCUGUGGGAGAAUUCCGACAUCAGAACAAACGCAGGCGGCGCAAGGUAGGUUCUUCUACACUGAGAAGCCAGGACCGGGUGAAUGUCACCCGCCGAGUCCCUAGGUAUUCAGUGUAAUAACAACCAGCUUGCGGUUGACAAACACCCGC